AUGAAAUUUUUAUUAUUCGUAUCAAUUUUUAUACCAUUAGUAAUAUCCUCAAUUUUAUCUAAAAAAAAAGAAGUACUAAAGUUUGAGGAUGAUACUACUUUAUACUAUUACACAGCUAAUUUAAAGAGAGUUUAUGCAUGCAAGGGUUAUUUAUUUUAUAAUGAAACAAAAGCGAUAUUAUUUCAAGAUAAAAUAUUCGACAAUUAUAAAAAAAUUAAAAGCAAAUCUACACCAGAUGGAGGAUAUAAAAAUAAAUUUCAAAAGUUGAAAUAUAAAUAUUUAAUUGGAGAAAAAAGAGCAGGAAAUUUUUAUGAAAUAAAUCCUUUUGUAGAAAGAUUUAGACAAAAAGCAUGGCCUAAAUGUUAUGAAUGUUUUAAAAAACUUGGUGAAUCAGAUUUUAGAUGUUUUAUGUUGAAAGAAUUAAACUAUUAUAGAAAACUACAUGGUAUAGCUAAAGUUUCUUAUCAUUCAAAAUAUAAUACCUAUGCUAAAGGGGAAGCAAAAAAAUUUUUAAAGACUAAUAAAUAUUCUAGUUGUGUUAAUCAAACUAAAUUUAAGUGCGUUUAUUUGCCAAUACCAGCAGGUUUUGCUCAUACAGUUAUCAGUACAUUAUAUGAAAAAUUAUUGGCAUUUUAUAAUUGGGAAAAGAAUGUUUAUAAAUCAAAAUUAGAUACAGCAAUACAUUUAAUUUGGAAAAAAUUAAGAUAUAUUGGUGUUGGUUUUGCCCAAAAAGAUGGCUAUCUUAAUAUAUUUUUAACAUUUUCAUCUAAAGUUAAAAAUGAUAAAGACUACAAAAAAAACAUUCGACCAAUCUUGAAGAAAUAUAUUAAGCUUUAUGGAAAAUUACCUAGAAAAAAUAAAUUUGCAUACAAUUAUGAUGAUUCCCUUGCAGAAUAA